AUGGAUACGAGCAUUGCGCCGGGAAGCGACGACAGCGCGUAUGGACAGUCGCUGGGUGCCAGCUGCCCUCGACCUCUCUUCAAUGGGGACUUCUGCGAAAGAGGUGGCGGCGGUGGGGACCUGGUGUUCAUGGAAGCCAUGGCCGGGGGAAUGCCAGAAAUGGCAGAUGCCCAAGAUGAUGGUGCUGUGGCAGAGCGUGGCCAAGAGACAGCUGCACCCCCUUCAGACGAUGCUGCUGGAGGCGGCACCACUGCAGUGCGGACAUUCUUCCCGGAGACCUGGAUUUGGACAGACAUCGCGCUUACUGGAGGCGCUGGGGUGGCCAGUGCCACCAUGCCGGUGACGGCGCCAGAUACUAUCACAACAUGGAGUCUGGAGGCAUUUACCACUUCGCCCGAUGGGAUUUCCGCCGUUCGUAGCAGGAUGCCCCUCCGGGUCUUCAAGCCCUUCUUCGUGGAGAUGCGCCUGCCCUACGCCUCGGUCCGAGGCGAGGAUGUGGAGCUCAUCAUUGCGGUGUUCAACUAUGCCGAGGGCACUGGCACUCUGGAUGCGCAGCUACAGGUGACGCUCCCGGCUGAAGUGGAGCUGGUCAAUGGAGAGGCAUCGUUGCAGCUCUCGGUCCCAGAGGCAGGCGCUGCACGUCACGCGCUCCGGUUGCGGCCAAAGGCCCUGGGCUCCUUCCAGCUAGAGGCCUCUGCUGUCAGCGGCGCCUACAGCGACGCCAUGCGGAAACCGCUGCUUGUGAAGCCGGAGGGCGUCCCCCAGCACGAGACCAAGAGUGUCGUCAUCGACCUCACAAGCUCCUCCACAGCGGAUGCACUCCUAGAGCUCACACUGCCUGCAGCGGCUGUGAACGACUCUGCCCGCCUGCAGGUCACGGCUGUCGGUGAUCUCUUGGGUCCCACCAUCUCGGGCUUGGAGCGACUGCUGCAGAUUCCGACAGGCUGUGGUGAGCAGAACAUGAUCACUCUGGCACCAAACGUCUACGUGGCGAAGUACCUUCUGGCCACAUCGAAGCUGACGCCAGAGUUGCGCCAGCGAGUGGUGAACAACAUGGUGGUAGGCUAUGGGCGUCAGUUGACGUACCGCCAUGACGAUGGCUCCUUCUCGGCUUUUGGAAAGCCGGUGCACGGGACUGGCCUCGUGGCUGUGGACACCAGCGUCCUUGCAAAGGCUGCAGCCUUCCUCGUCAACUUGCAGCAGGCCGAUGGCUCCUUCCGCAGCGUGGGCAAAGUCAUCCACCAGGCCUCAGUGGAGGUACCGAACCUCGCCGUCCCGGGCCUCGCCGAUGCCCUGACCUCCGCCGCCUCGUACCUCUCCUCUGCAUCCAGUCCAUCCCAGUAUGCCGUCCUGCUUCGCGCGCAAGCGCUGGGAUUGGCAGGACAAUGGACUUCGGACAGAGUCGCCAGUGAGGUCUUGGACAUCUCCAGCAUGGCGGACGGAAAGAGGUUUUGGGCCUCGGCCGGCGAAGGCAAAUCUGCCGCAAAGGACAUUGAGAUGACGGGCUACGGACUGCUGGCCCUGACCUCCGCGGGGCGACUGACGGAGGCUUUUCAGGCAGCCCGCUGGCUUUUGGAGAGGCGCAGCGAUACCGGUGGAUUCAGCUCGACGCAGGACACCGUCGUUGCUCUGAAUGCCCUCGCAAGUUAUGCCACGGCAGCCGGGCAGAACGUGGAUGUGACCCUCCAGGUUGGCCAUGGUGGCAGCAACCAGGAGUCAUUCCAGAUCAAUGCAGCGAACAUGGACGUCCUCCAGAGUUUCGCUCCAUCGGUGGCUGUCGGUGCUAACCAGAUUUCUGUGUCGGCUUCAGGUAGUGGCACGGCCCUCGUGACGGCUUCCCUGAGGUAUAACAUGCCCGACACGGUGGUCCUCCCCUGCUAUGACGUGGAGGUGAACUGGUAUUCCUCCGCUGUGCAGGCCGUGCCGUCGGGGGCGGUGGGGCGUCCAUUUCAAAUUCUGACAUUUGGGAUCGACAUGUUUCCAGUCCUCUUAGCCCGAGCAUAUUUGAAGUUCCUUGAGCCGGCCAACGGGGAGGACAAAAGAUGGCAGUGCAUGCAGUGCCUCGGUGGCAAAGAAAAGUUGGCAGUUGGCUGGUGUUGCGUUUUUGAAAUUAAUCCGGUGGGACUCUUCACGGGCUAUGCCGCCUCGGUGAAAUCUCUGCAGUCCUUAAAGGACGAGAAGGUGGUGAAGCGAUGGGAUCUCGGUGAUGGAACGGUGGAUCUCUACAUGGAGGACUCCGAGACACGGCGAGAGCCUGGAGUUUAG